AGAACCGUACGGAGAGCACGGCCAGCGGUAGGAGCGCAUCGGGUUGUGUGUGUGGUGUGGUGUGUUUAUAUUUUAUACCCCGUUUAUCAGAACGGAAAAUAGAACUACAGACAGCCCGAUUGGGCCUACAAAUUUGUUUUAAACCAACAUUUUGAUUGGCGUUCCGUUUGGCUCAUGCGAUUGAAGGGGCUCGUGCCUUUCCCCCUCAAGGUUCCAGAGAGGCGCGUGGAAAAGCCCUGUGCAGAGAAAGAAGGGGGAUCAUAGCGUAUGUACGUAGCCUAAAUGCAUACAUGCCGGGGUCUACGACUGUGUGGUUUUAAAAACGGAGACGGGUGUGUUUAUUUUGUCGGCAAACGGCAAUGAGUGGCAAUGAGAUCGGGUUGCUGGUGAGCCAGUGCUUUGAUGAAUAAUUUACGGUCUUGUGGUCCGAAAGGGAGCGAACCACAGCCACUGCCGUUUGUAAACCUCUGAAGACGUCGGAGAGGGCCCGGAUGGUGGACUAGAGAGAGCCGACAAAACGGGUCUGAAACGGGACUAGGUAUUUUGACAUUGUCGGUAAAUUCAUUAGGGGCGGUGAGAAGGGGUGAUGGUGUGUCGGAGGAGGAGGAGAGAAGGAGCUUUGGGCACCUUGCGGAGGAUCAUAUACAAACUCUGUUUUCGGAUUAUUCUCAAACCCCGCCACUUCUAAACCACAACAAACAAAUCAAAACUAAUCUCAGUCAACUCUAAAUUACUAUUUUCGACAUGCGCUCAUUUAAAUAGUCCAUCCAAGUAACAAUAGAAUAGGUGUAUGUAAAGUUGACUAUCAUUGUAAUGAAUAGUGAGUAGUCGGUAGUUCUAAAGCUUCAUCCAAGUUUAGAGAUUGAAUCAUUGUGAACUGAAAUGAAUAUUGCACAUUUGAUUUUCUAUAGGAGAAUCUUUAAAAAUCAUGCGAUACAGAAUUUUAAAAGGGCGUUUCUCUCGGCCUGCAUCUGCAUAUCUGGCGUCAGUUGAGGGUUAUGUUUAGGAGAGAACACUUACAGGCCUAUCCUAUGUGGACCAUUUUGACAAAUGUUUACUUAACAAAAAAAAAACAACAUAUCUACCUCAAACCUCUGCCUGUUUUCCACAGAACACAACUGGAGAAACGACCAAAUGUUUACUAAAUGAAUACCUCAGUCUCACUAAUACCUCGUAGGUUCUUUAUAAAGCGUAGCCUUGUUUAAAACGCCUCCGAUGGCUUUGUUCUCAGACUCCGACCUGCAGACCUGUCUUCUCUGCAAGGAACUCUGUGGCUCCUCCUCCGCUACCAUCUCCUGCAACUCCUCCACUUCCUCUUCCUCCUCUCACUCGUCCUCCUCUUCCUCCCGGCGCCUCCAUGUCCUCCCCUGCCUGCACACCUUCUGCAGACAGUGUCUGGAGGGGCAGCGCAGUCAUGGGGACCCUCUCAAACUCAGCUGCCCCACCUGCAACCAGAAGGUCUCCAUCUCCGAGGCUGGAGUGGACUCUCUCCCUUCCUCCAACUUCCUCUUGAGUAACCUUCUGGACUCGGAGCAGCUCCAACUCGGCCAAAAUAAGAACGGUCACCGGGGGGUCAGCGGGUGCUCCGUACCCAGGUUCCACCGCGCCCACAGCGUGCUCCACCCAAACCGUCUGGGAGGGCCCCAGUGCAGCUCCUGUGGCGAGGGGGACCCGGCCAGCUUCCACUGCCUGGACUGCCAGGAGUACCUUUGUGAUAACUGUGUCCGAGCCCAUCAGAGGGUCCGGUUGACCAAGGACCACUUCAUGGAGAGCCUGCAGCAUGCAAGCCAAGGCUUGGCCAGCCCCAUCGCAGGUAGAGGCAGGGGGGUUGGGGGAGGUGUAGGGUUGUCCCUGACCCAGCCCUUCCAGUCCAACUCCUCCCUGCUGCCUUUGUUCCAGGAUAGGAUGAGCUUCUGUCAGCACCAUGACAACAAGGUGUUUCUGUUUUUCUGUGAGACGUGCUCUGUGCCUAUCUGUAGGGAGUGUAGUGUGGGCAGACACAUGGGCCACAGCUUGGUCUAUCUACAGGACGCUGUCCAGGACUCCAGAGACAUCAUCAUCCAGCUACUGGCCGACGCACAGCAAGGAAGACAGGCUGUACAGUUAAGUAUGGAGAAGAUCCAGGCCAUAGCAGAGCAGGUAGACAUCAAGGCCAAGGUGGUCCAGACAGAGGUGAAGAACGUGGUCCUCAGACACCUGAAAGCUUUGGAGGACAGAGAGAGUCAGCUACUCUGGAAGGUUGAGAAGAUCCAACAGCUGAAAGCCAAGUCCCUGUACCUGCAGAUAGAGAAACUGCAUCAGAACCUGACCAAGCUCGACAGCACCAUCACAGCAGUCACUCAGGUGCUGGAUGAGGGUUGUCACCUGGACGUGCUGCUGGCCAGAGAGCGCAUGCUGACCCAGAUCCAGGAGCUGAAGUCUCUCAGAGGCCUGCUGCAGCCACAGGAGGAUGAUCGUUUAAUGUUCACCCCUCCAGAACAGGCCCUGUACAUAGCCAUCCAGUCCAUGGGGUUGAUCAGUAGCGGAGCGUUCGCUCCCGUCACCAAAGCUCACGGCGAGGGCCUAAAGACCGCACUCCGUGGCAAGACCGCCUCCUUCACCGUAAUUGGCUACGACCACGACAGGGAGCCCUGCCUCUCGGGCGGUGACGCAGUGUCAGCGGUGGUGAUGGCAGCGGCGGAUGGUAACCUGUCGGCUGCGGAGGUGUGUGACAACCAGAACGGGUCGUACACGGUCAGCUACUUACCCAAGACUGAGGGAGAAGAUUUGGUGUCAGUUCUGGUCUGUAACCAGCACAUCAUGGGCAGCCCCUUCAAGGUACUGGUGAAGUCUGGGCGACGCUACGGGGCUCUGGGUUCACCGGUGUCUACGUUUGGCAGUGAGGGGGAGGGUGACGGUCAGCUGUGUCGUCCCUGGGGCAUCAGUGUGGACAAAGAGGGAUAUGUGGUGGUGGCCGACCGCAGUAACAACCGCGUACAGAUCUUCAAGCCGUGCGGUGCCUUCCACCACAAGUUUGGCUCCCUGGGCUCUCGCCCCGGUCAGUUUGAUCGUCCAGCGGGUGUGGCGUGCGACAGCCAACAGCAGAUCAUCGUAACGGACAAAGACAACCACCGUGUGCAGGUGUUCACCUUUGACGGACAGUUUAUGCUGAAGUUCGGCGAGAAGGGCACUAAGAACGGUCAGUUCAACUACCCCUGGGAUGUGGCAGUGAACUCUGCGGGGAAGAUCUUGGUCUCUGACACCAGGAACCACCGCGUCCAGCUCUUUGGCCCUGACGGCUCGUUCAUCAACAAGUAUGGCUUUGAGGGCACCCUGUGGAAACACUUUGACUCGCCGCGGGGUGUCGCCUUUAACCAUGAGGACCACCUGGUCGUCACCGACUUCAACAACCACCGUCUGCUGGUGAUUCGGCCAGAUUGCCAAUCUGCCCGGUUCCUGGGCUCCGAGGGUACCGGUAACGGGAAGUUCCUGCGUCCCCAGGGCAUAGCGGUGGACCAGGAGAACCGGAUCAUCGUUGCCGACUCGAGGAACCACCGUGUGCAGGUGUUCGAGCCCAACGGGAACUUCUUAUGCAAAUUUGGCACCCAUGGCAGUGGCUUCGGACAGAUGGACCGCCCCUCCGGUGUUGCCGUGACGCCUGACGGAGUCAUCGUGGUCGUCGACUUCGGAAACAACCGCAUCCUCAAGUUCUAAUCGCUUUUCGCUUUCUUUCUCUCGCUCUGUUUUCUCUCCGUUUCUCUGUUAGGGAGAGGAAAUUGAAGAGCUAGGAAAAGGAUUCAACAAACAGACACAAAGAGGACAGUUUAAAGAGAGAUAAUCAGGGCAGGUAGAAAUGCGUUAUUACAAAUUAAGGGGAAGUGAAUUUGUUCGUUUUUAAAUUAUUAUUAUUUUUUUAGGUUUUAGUUUGUGUAAUCAGAUUCCUGUGGUAUACUGUAUGACAACGGGGACCACUAAGACUAGUUGAUAAUCAGUAGUGAAAGUAACAAGGAAGAGAUCACGAUUUCCCUCUCUUCUAUCUGAAUUGCUCUCUCUCAACUCUCAUCACGUCGCCUUCUCAGGGAUAUUUCUCACUUUUUCUUGAAAUAUUGAAUCCUCUGCUCCGCCACCUACCUCAACCAGUUCUUAAUGAAUGUACUCACCCUCUCCGAGCAGAGGUCUACUCUAAGUCUGUCAAGUUUUACAAAGAAGAAAAUAAAAAAGGUCUACCUCAA